AUGGUCACCAAGGCAUUGCUCAUUGCUGCGCUCAGCAGCAUAGUGUUGGCUGCACCCCUUGAGGGAUCUGUCGAGGGGCGUCAGUCUUGCGCUUCUCUUUAUGGGCAAUGUGGCGGCAUAGGUUGGUCUGGCGCGACCUGCUGUUCCAGUGGUGUGUGUACUAUAGGCAAUGAUUAUUAUUCCCAAUGCUUGCCUGGCAGUGCCACGACCACUUCAGCAGGAACUUCGGCUGGUACUACCUCCCGCACAUCGACAUCGACCGCCGUUUCGUCUACCUCGACAAAGGUCUCCUCCACUUCAACCAAAGCCUCGACGACGACCACGGCGCCUGUCGGAAGUGGAACAGCUACUUGGAGUGGCAAUCCUUUUUCUGGAGUCCAGCAAUGGGCAAACAGCUACUAUGCCUCCGAGGUAACUGCCUAUGCCGUUCCUACACUCGGCGCAAAGGCAGCGGCUGUUGCUAAAGUACCCAGCUUUAUGUGGCUCACAUUGGCCGACAUCCGUGCGGCGAACCUGGCUGGUGCCAGCCCGCAGAACGCUGCUAUAUUCGUCGUUUACGAUCUUCCGGAUCGUGACUGUGCUGCAGCAGCAUCCAACGGCGAGUACUCAAUUGCCAAUAACGGUAUUGCCAAUUACAAGAACUAUAUCGACACCAUUGUUGCCAUCGUGAAGAAGUACUCUGACAUUCGCAUUUUGCUAGUCGUUGAACCCGAUAGCUUGGCUAACUUGGUAACUAACCUGAGCGUGGCAAAGUGCUCCAACGCUCAGGCGGCAUACCUCGAAUGUGUCAACUAUGCCGUGACCAAACUGAACCUUCCCAACGUCGCAAUGUAUCUUGAUGCUGGCCACGCAGGUUGGCUCGGCUGGCCCGCUAACCUGUCCCCUGCUGCCACGCUCUUUGCCAAAGUGUAUACGGACGCUGGCUCGCCUGCUGCUCUUCGUGGCCUUGCUACCAACGUUGCAAACUACAAUGCUUGGAGCGUCAGCUCGGCUCCGUCAUAUACUCAGGGCAACGCCAACUACGACGAGUCGCACUAUGUCGCCGCCAUCGCUCCUCUCCUGACAGCAGCGGGUUGGAAUGCUCACUUUAUCACCGAUACCGGUCGCAGCGGCAAGCAGCCUACUGGACAGCUUGCUUGGGGUGACUGGUGCAAUGUCAUUGGCACUGGAUUUGGCACUCGCCCGACUGCUGUCACUCCUAGCACGUUGCUCGACGCUUUCGUCUGGAUCAAGCCAGGUGGUGAGUGCGAUGGUACAAGCAACACUACCGCUACUCGCUAUGACUACCACUGCGGCCUUGCCGACGCCCUGCAGCCUGCGCCCGAGGCUGGUUCGUGGUUUGAGGCAUACUUUGAGCAGCUGUUUAACAACGCCAACCCUUCUUUCUCUUAG